AUGAGCUUCUUCAUCCAAGAUUCUGGUCUCAUCGUCACUCAACUUCUUUACCAAAUGGCUGUUUUCAUCACCCUCUUGAAAUGGAUCUUUACUUGGAUCUUACGUUACCGAUCUAGGUCAACGUCUUCUUCCUCUGCUCCUUCCAUUUCUUCACAGGCCAUCAAAGAGAGCCUCUCCGUGACCACGUUUCGUGACGCGGCGAUGAGCGACACGUGUGUGGUGUGUCUUGGUGAUCUUGAAGAUGGAGAUGAGGUCAGAGAGCUAAGAAACUGUGCUCACGUUUUCCACCGAGAGUGUAUCGACAGGUGGCUGGACUAUGAGUGCUGCGGUGGAGAUGGUAACGAGGGAGAGGAAGAUAACCACCGAACGUGUCCUCUCUGUAGAACUCCGCUUCUUGCUGCUAAUACGUCGUCGUUUGGGGAAUGGCCGCCGGCUAAGACAGAACCUAGCUGGGCCGUUGAGCGGCUUCUUUACCUCUUCGGAGACGAUCUUCUUGUCUGACUUUCUUUUUUUUUUAAUAUUUUUUUUUUGUUUACAAAAUUUACUUGAUUUUAGUGGAGGAUUGAUCGAUGAACUAUUGACAAUACGUUGGUCAAAUUUGUAAAUUGGGAAAUGUAAGGGUAGAAUAGGAAUUAUGAUGAUAAUAAUAUCAAAAUUUAGAAGUA